AUGCAGAGCUCAGGGCAGGACUUCAGGUACGCUGCCACCUGCCUGCUGCUACUCCUCUCCAGCGUGGAACUGCGGCCACACGCAUGGGCCAGGAACAGGCGUCAGCUUGAAACAAUCCAAAGGGGCAUCCUAGACCGGCUGGGGCUGCAGGAGCCCCCCGUGCUCCGGCAAAGGCUGGACCAGGACGGGGUGAGGAGAGCACGCCAGCUCUACAGGGAGAAACUCAGCCAGCUGAGGGGGAACUGGAGCAGGGCAGAAAGUCAGGUGUCAGCCCCGGCCAGGACGCUUCACCUCCUGACUCCAAAGCUGGAGCACCAGACGGAAGCCUCUGCUGGCAGCUCCUGCUACAAUCUCGUGCUGUCCCGGACCAAGGCCUUCCACCAGGAGCUCAGCGUGGUGAGGGCUGAGCUGAGACUCUUCGAGAAAUCUCUCAGCACUCAGGAUGUAUCCAGACUCAAUGUCUCCUGGCCGUCUCAAGUAGAAAUCUACCAGCUGCCGGAGCCUGGGCAGCACAACAGGCACCCCAAACUCCUGCAUUCCUACAUCCUCGAUGCCACGACCCUGAGCCUCGACUUGGGGGCCGCUGUCCGGCAUUGGGCAGCGAGCACGAAGCAAAGACUCCAUCUGCAACUGGUAUUCGCUGCAGACGUUUCUGCCUUUCUUGCCACCAACCGCACCAGCCAGGGGGCUGAGAUGCUGAACCUAGAGGUGGAAACCCAGGAGCACUUGGGCUCCAGGCUGAGGAAAGCCAGGGCGCUAGAGGAGGAAUGCAGAAAGAGUGAUGGAAAAUGUUGCCUUAAGUCCCUCAAAGUGUCUUUUCAAGACAUCGGCUGGUCCGACUGGGUGAUUGCCCCAAACAGCUACUACAUGAAGUUCUGUGAAGGAUCUUGCCCUCACAACUACAAGCCAGCCAGCAUGCAUGCCCAGAUCAAAGCCCGAAUGCACACCCUGUCCAAAGAGACGCCCGCCCCUUGCUGCGUGCCCGCGGGCUAUGACCCCAUGGUGCUCAUGCACUAUAACGGUGAUGGGAGACUCGUCUCCACGCUCUUUGAGGACAUGAUCGUCACCACGUGUCACUGUGCCUGA